UAGACAUGAAGCAUUUGUGUGAGGGGCUCGACGCCGUAUCUACCCCCACAGGCGGAAGGUGCACUUUUCUCCAUCGGGGUAAGUGGCUAGAUUGGCUUCUGGUGGUUUAGGCGUCGUGGAUGAUGUUAGGCUUAUUGCGGAUAUCCGCCCCGGGAUGUACAUGCUGCACGAGGUGAUGGAGAGGUAAGUUGAGUGAUGCUAAUCGUUAGCCGUGUCCGCGGAAGAGUGUUGAAUGCACGAGCGUUCCCCAUAGAGGAUUGCGAGUUGGCGAAGGUCGUUGCGUGGUUCACAGUCCGCAAGGACAAACCUUACGCAAAAUAUUCCAACUUUAAAGUAACCAGUCCUGAUGCUGGAGAAAAGGAAUACUAUUGCGCAUCGGCGUUGAUUCUGAUAUCAGGGAAGCCCGAACAUAAACUGGAAAGACAGGAGGCAUACAUGCUGUGCAAUGUGGCUGGAGACUUGAGAACGCAUGAAGUAGCAAGAGGUCACCGUCAACGCCAUCGGUGGUGUGCUGGGAUCUACUCACGUCGUGAGCAUCUUAUACCUCAUAAUGAACCACGAAGUGGAUAUGCUCAGCCACGUUCCGAGGUCGGGAUGAUGAUACCCAAACAUGUCUCGGAGAAAGUCCGUGGAAGAUCAAGAUUCUUUCUUGCCCGGAUAUGUACACCGUGCUACAACUAUAAUUGGAACAUACGGGUGCGACGAUCCAAUAGACCAGUCCAAUAUUACAUCCUCUCUAACAGCCUUGCACCUGACAAGUAACAAUCGCAUCGCAGCACCAUUGACACCCCGUGCGCAGAGAUCCAACCAUAACCUCGCCCUUGCAUUACCCAGGCCCUUAGCCACGAGGGUGUCCUAUGCAGCAAUGAUAGUGCGGGACAAGCGGAAGGCAAAAUGUCACUACUCUACUGUAUCUUCAAAGCCGUUGCGACAACACCAGAGUAGGUCCUGAGUAAGACUGCUAUAUCUCAGGCAUGCCUCGAUCUAGGAUGGGGUCGGCAGCGGCAAAAGCUGUGAGCGUACUGCAAGUAAGGUCCGGAGCCGCCUUGAGAGGAUAACUUCCUGUCUCAAUUGCAGGUAUAAAUGUUUAUUCCAACAGCGUGUUAGUGGGCGAUCAGUAAUUGGUAGACA